UCCUCAUACCUCCUCGAAAAACCCAACCCAACUAUCUUCUUCCCACCUUCUAAUCUUCGCCACCAAGAAUCAGCAAUUCAUUAUAGGGCUCUAAGGAAGCUCUGUUUCACUAUGUCGUCAUGGAGGACCAAAAGCAGAGUACCCGUCUUGAGAAUUGCACAGAAAGAGCCCAAGAGGCUGCUGAUUCUCAGAACCCAAUUGUAAUUCCGUCCGUACGUGUGGCUGAGAAGUUGUCCAGGAAGAAAUCGGAGAGGUUCACUUAUCUUGUUGCUGCGGUGAUGUCCAGCUUUGGUAUUACUUCCAUGGCUGUCAUGGCUGUUUAUUACAGAUUUUACUGGCAAAUGGAGGGUGGGAAUGUGCCUUUGUCUGAAAUGUUGGGUACAUUUGCUCUAUCUGUUGGUGCUGCUGUGGGAAUGGAGUUUUGGGCAAGAUGGGCUCAUAAAGCUCUCUGGCACGCUUAUGGCAUAUGCACGAGUCUCACCACACAGACCCAGAGAAGGUCCAUUCGAGCUUAACGAUGGACUGAAACAGAGAAAGAAGAGAUAAGGAAUCUGGUGGAGAGAAAGAAGAAGAAGAA